AAGUAGUUGGCGUUCGUUGCUUCUCUCUCCAACCCACUGCUCCUUGUGUCGCACCUGCGCUCAAGCUCUUUUCUCCUCUCCAUCCAAAAGACUCCGUGUCGCCCUAGAAAACACAAAAACAGUCAUAGAGUAUAGAUUACAAGAUGGCUCCUUCUUUUGACCUUACCACUCUCUUUGCCGCCGAGAAGCCUGCCCGUGAGGAGGCUGGUCUCGCCCUCGCUGACGCCGCCAAGAAGGCCGGUGUCGAGUUCUUUGCCCAGAUCGGCUUCGUCGAUGCCAUCGUCAAGGCCCUCAACGACAAGAAGUCCCAGGCUGCCCGUGAGGGUGCUUGUGAGGUUAUCCAGGUCCUCGCCGACAACGGCGCCAUCCAGGUCCUCGAGCCCUACGUCGUCUCCUCCGCCGAGAACGGUAUCUUCCCCAACCUCCUCGAGGCUUUCGCCGACAAGGUCACCCCCGUCAAGGUUGCCGCCAUCGCCGCUGUUUCCGCCGUCGUCAAGCACAUGAACCACUGGGCUGCCUUUGUCAUCCUUCCUUCCCUCCUCAACUUGAUCAGGACCUCUGGCAAGUGGCAGAUCAAGGUCGGAUGUCUCGACAUUCUCCAGCAGCUCGUCAAGGCCGCCCCUUACCAGACUGGUGAGGCUAUGCCCCAGCUCAUUCCCGUGCUUGCCGAGGCCGUCUGGGACACCAAGUCUGACGUCAAGAAGGCUGCCAAGGCUACCCUCGAGAAGGCUUGUGCCCUCGUCGAGAACAAGGAUAUCGAAAAGUUUGUCCCUGCCUUGAUCAAGUCUCUCCUCAACCCCAUCGAGGAGGUCCCCAAGACCAUCACUCUCCUUUCUGCCACCACCUUCGUUUCCGAGGUUACCGCCCCCACCAUCUCCCUCAUCGCUCCUCUUCUUAUCCGAGGUCUCGACGAGCGACCCACCGCUACCAAGCGAAAGGUCUGUGUCAUUGCCGACAACAUGUCCAAGUUGGUCGACUCUGAGUACACUGUCCGACCUUUCCUCCCCCGGCUCUUGCCCGGUCUUAUCAAGACCGCCGAGACCAUUGCCGACCCCGAGGCCCGAUCCGUUGCCAACCGUGCCAUCGCCACCCUCCGACGAAUCGGUAAGGUCCCCGCCGAGUCUGACGGUUCCGACCUCCCCCCUCUCCCCAUCGCUGAGGGCGAGCACCUCGCCACCAACUUUGUUGCUCUCUUCCAGAAGCACGGUGGUGUCGCUGUUGAGCAGGCCAACCAUGGUCUCGCUUACGCCGGUGUCUUGGCCGCUUCUUUGGUCAACCACCACAACUUUGACCAGAAGACUUGGGAGGCUACUCUUCCCCCCUACCUCAAGCUCGCCGCUCCCUCUUACGACUCUCUCCCCGCUGUCCGAGAGUUGCUUCAGAAGAAGGCCGACGAGGCCGAGUCUGGCGACGAGAAGUUUGCCGACGAGGAGGAGGGUGAAGACCUCUGCAACAUUGAGCAGUUCAACUUGGCCUACGGUGCCAAGAUCUUGCUCCACCACGCCACCAUGCGACUCAAGCGAGGUCACCGAUACGGUCUUUGUGGCCGAAACGGUUCCGGAAAGUCCACCUUGAUGAACGCCAUCAUCAACUCUCAGGUCGAGGGCUUCCCUCCCCCCACCGAGGUCCGAACUUUCUACGUUCAGCACGACAUUGACGGUUCCGAGGCCGAGAUCUCCAUCAUUGACUGGGUUCUUGCCGACAAGCGUCUUAUGGCUACCCCCGAGGAGAUCAAGUCUACCCUCGAGUCUGUCGGUUUCGACGAGGUCAAGCAGAAGAACUCUAUCGGUUCUCUUUCCGGUGGUUGGAAGAUGAAGCUCGCUCUUGCCCGAGCCAUCCUUUUCAAGGCUGAUAUCCUCUUGCUCGAUGAGCCUACCAACCACUUGGAUGUCCUCAACGUCGACUGGUUGAUCAACUACCUCACUUCCCUCACCCACUGUACCUCCAUCAUUGUCUCUCACGACUCUGACUUCCUUAACAGGACCGUCACCGACGUUCUCCACUUGAACAACUUCAAGCUCAAGAGGUACCCCGGUAACCUCGAGGCUUUCGUCCAGCACGUCCCCGAGGCCAAGUCCUACUACCAGCUCGAUGUCGCUGAGGACUACCAGUUCAAGCUCCCCGCUCCCCCUCUUCUUGACGGUGUCAAGACCAAGGAGAAGUCUUUGCUCAAGAUGCGAAAUGUCUCUUUCCAGUACCCUGGAUCUGCCAUCCAGCAGCUUUACGACAUCAACCUCCAGGUGUCUCUCUCUUCCCGAGUCGCCAUUCUUGGUCCCAACGGUUCCGGUAAAUCUACCCUUGUCAAGCUUUUGACUGGUGAGACCGAGCCCAACCUUGGUGGUCAGGUCUGGAAGCACCCCAACUUGGUCAUCGGUUACGUUGCCCAGCACGCUUUCCACCACAUCGAUCAGCACCUCGACUCUACUCCCCUCGAGUACAUGCUCUGGCGAUACCAGACCGGUGAAGACUUGGAGGAGAUGAACAAGGCUACCCGAGUCAUGACCGAGGAGGAAAUCCAGAAGAUGAAGGAGGGUGCCACCGUUAUCAAGGAGGGUGUCAAGCGAUUCAUUGAGGAGGUCGUUGCCCGUAAGAAGCUCAAGCAGUCUUACGAGUACGAGGUUACCUUCAAGGGUCUCUCUUCCGCCGAGAACAUGUGGUUCUCCCGAGACGAGCUUGUUGGCCGAGGUUUCGAGAAGAAGGUCAUGGAGCUCGACACCAGGGAGGCCCAGCGAUUGGGUCUUAUGAGGCCUUUGGUCAGGAGGGAGAUUGAGAAGCACUUUGAGGACUUUGGUCUUGACUCUGAGUUUGUUUCUCACAACUCCAUGCGAGGUCUCUCUGGUGGUCAGAAGGUCAAGGUCGUUCUCGGUGCCGCCACCUGGCGACGACCUCACGUCAUCUGUCUCGAUGAGCCUACCAACUACUUGGACCGAGAGUCCCUUGCCGCUCUUAUCGCUGCCCUCAAGAACUUUGAAGGUGGUGUUCUCAUCAUUACUCACAACCGAGAGUUCUCCGAGUCCAUCUGUUCCGAAGUCUGGGCUAUGCGUGACGGUUACCUCGAGGCUUCCGGCCACAACUGGGUCGAGGGUCAGGGUUCCGGUGAGAGGAUUGACAAGAAGGCCGACGGUGAGGAGGAAGUCAAGUACGAUGCUCUUGGUAACCCCAUCGCCGCCGCCAAGAAGGAGAAGAAGCUUUCUGCUGCCGACAAGCGAAAGGCUAAGAAGGACAGGAUGGCCAGGAGGAAGAGGGGAGAGGAGGUUUACACCGACGAGGAAUAGAUUAUCUUGUAGUAGUGGAUCUUUUCUCGGUAGAUUUGUAGACUUUUUCUUAUUUCUUUUGACUUCUAUGUUUCUUUCUAUGGCUUCCUAGCAUAUAGCAUGAUGUAUACCCUAGGGACGGUAUCGAACAACAA